AUGAAUGUAGAGACACGUAUCUCCACAAUCAAAAAAUAUGGUUAUUGCUAUAACUGCUUGGCUAUUUCACAUAGCUACAAGAACUGUGUGAGUAAAUUCUCGUGUCGUAAGUGUCACAAAAAACACAAUACUCUGAUACACAGAGAAUCCAGCUUUCGACCUGAAUCAACUCCGGAAAUACCAAACGUCACUAGUUCGAACCCUGAAAACGCUUCAAGUACCGCACCACCCACCCAAAGCACAAAUACAACUCGGCAAUCCUACACAACAACUAUACAGUCCACUAAAUCAUCAACCCAAGACCCACCCAACCCAAGUAGGAAGCAGAUAUUACUCGGUACUGCAAUGGUUCAAAUAGAACAUAAUGGCCAGCGAUAUUCCGCGAGAGCUCUUAUUGAUUCAGGAUCGGAAGCCACAUUUAUAUCUCGAAGACUUCAAAGAAGUUUGGAUAUACCCACCCACUCUGUAUCAGCCCAAGUGACCGGACUAAACAAUGCAGUUUCAGCAACACCAACGAGUAUUUGUGAAAUCACACUUUGCUCACCCUUAAACACCAAUUAUAAGCUAUCAGCACAGGCAUUUAUACUAAAUAGCCUAACUGAUAAUUUACCCUCAUACCCCAUAGAUCCAAAGCAGUGUCUUAAAAAUCUUGGAUUCACGUUAGCCGACACCCAAUUUCACAAACCCAGACCCGUGGAUAUACUAAUCGGUAGUGAUAUCUAUCGAAGUAUUUUACUCAAUGGAGUAAAGCGAAACGUACUAGGUUCACUCUUAGCUCAAGAGACAGAAUUCGGAUGGAUAUUGUCCGGACCCAUCACCCAACCCACCCAAAAUUCCACCAUAGUUUCAUUUCACAAUAAAGUGAACCCUGAGAAUCUACUCACACGUUUUUGGGAGGUGGAGGAAAUCCCAAAGGAAUCCGUAGUUUCCAAAUCGGAUCAAAUUUGUGAGGAAAUUUUCCAAAAAACUACCCGUCGUAAUCCAGAUGGGCGCUAUAUAGUAACCCUACCCUUCAAAGAACCCGACAAUAUUGAUAUCGGAUACUCUAGACAUAUAGCGUUGGCCCAAUUCCUCCGAAAUGAACGAGCUUUACUUAAAAAACCCGAAGUGAAGGCAGAAUAUGACAAAGCAAUUAUGGAAUAUUUGGAACUCGGACAAAUGAAGAAAAUAGAAUAUGACCCUUCUGUUAAAGCGACCCAAUAUUACUUACCACACCACGCAGUCAUUAAACCCGACCGUAUAACCACGAAAUUGCGUGUG